GCUGGCAGGGUCAUAAUUACCCUUCCCGACCAAGUCAUAUCACUUCGAAAAAAGAUGGAGGGGUCACUGGCAGACAGCCUCACCCUGGAUCUGCUGAGGGAAGCCAGGCAGACUGUGAGGAGCAGUCCUCUGGGCGUCCUCAACACUCCCACCAUCCCCUGGUCUCAGACCACUUUACCCCCCACCUCAGCCGCCAGCAUCCACAUCAAACUGGAGAACAUGCAGAGAACCGGUUCCUUUAAGAUCAGGGGCGUGGCCAAUCAGUUUGCCAGGAGGCCAAAGGGGGGCCAUUUUGUCACCAUGUCUGCUGGGAAUUAUGGGAAAUCAUUUGCUUUUGCAUCCAAACAUUAUGGAUCCAGAGGCAAAGUGGUGAUGCCAGAAACUGCUCCAGCAUCCAGAUCAGUUCUGAUAGAGAGUUUCGGGGUGGAGGUGGAGCGGGUUCCCACCUCAGGUCUGAUGGAUGUGGUGAAUCGCUGUGUCCGAGAGGACAACAUGACCUUCCUGCACUCGUACGAUGACCUUGACCUAAUCGCUGGUCAUGCCAGUCUGGGCCUGGAGGUUCUGGAUGUAGUCCCUGAUCCUGACGUGGUGGUGGUCUGCUGUGGAGGAGGGGGUCUUUUGGCCGGAGUGGCCACUGCCAUCAAGCUGUCUGGAUGUGAGGGGACCAGGAUCUACGGUGUGGAACCGGAAGGAGCCAGCACCAUGUUCAGGAGCUUCCAGCAAAAGCAGCCAGUGGGGAUGGAUGCUCAGAGCAUCGCUGCUGGACUUGCACCGCCGUUUGCAGGGAAGCUGCCAUAUGAACUGUGCCGCCGCUACGUGGAGGAGAUUGUCCUGGUGAGCGACGAGCAGAUCAAGGCGGCCGUCUCUGUGCUCUAUGGAUCUGGACUGGUGGUGGAACCCUCUGGAUCUGCUGCCUUCGCUGCCAUAGUCAAUGGCAAGAUUCCAGAUGUUGAGGGAAGGAAUGUUGUCUGCAUCCUCAGUGGAGGGAAUGUCGGCAAAGACGAGCUUAACAAGUUCCCCUGACUGAGUCUCAGUAUUACAACACGAAUGAAAUGAAGGAUCAGUUGAGGAUAUAGAAAUGUUGAAUGCUAAUGUAAGGUGGGAUAUAGUUUUUUUUUUGUAUUUGAUUGCACAAAGGUAAUACAUUUCAACAACUGUUCCUAGAUGACAAGACAGAAACAUUAUGACCACCUUCCUCAUAAUGUUUAAUCCUUCUUAAAAAGGGUAUGAAUACCUGGUCUGCUGUGCCACGAAUGGUGUGGAACAGGUGAUGCAAAAAAAUUAAUUCAUUCCAAAGUAAUAAUAAAAAAAUAUAUAUUUCCAAUUGUAAUGCAAUUAUCAGCGGCCUUAAAACUUUAAACCCAAGGUUCAAUAAUAACAAAAAGCUUUUAAUUUAAUUGUCAUGACUUUCUACUCACAUCAUUUUACAAAUGACACUCCCAUGUUCUGGAUCAGGAAAUAACCCAAUUAAAUGUGAUCGCUGAGGUGAUUGUGAGCGAGCAAAAGUUGAGAGUGAGAAGUGGUCGCUAAAUCACGUCUUUGGUGGCCAUUCUGCAGACAACAGCGUCCAUCAGUGUCCCACACGUUUCCUCCUUCGCCGUGACUUUGUAGAGCUGGACGUUAAAGUUCAAUAUUAAUGAGCAUGAUUUAAUUCUGGAACAUUUCCAUUAAAAAUGGAGUAUACCAACCUUUUUGAUCUUUGCCGUGUCUGAUAAUGAAGCAAUGUCGUCCACCGGAACCUGAACACCAUUGACCUUCUUUGUGAGGUCUGACAACAGUUCGGAUUCUUUGUCUUUGUGAACCAGAACUACCAGGAGAGAGUUGUCACUGUCUGAGACCCCAAACCUUUUGAAGGCCUCAGAGAUCUGUGUGAAAGAUGAUUCAUGUAAGUAUGUUGUCUGAUAAAGGUAUUAGAACAUGAGCUAUGCCACACAAAAUAACUGUCGUCCAUUUCAACAAUGUCAGAUGUUUGAGUGCUUAUUUCAUAGUUCAAAAAAAUGGGUCAACAGGAGAAGAGUGAGGAUGUAGGGAGUAGAGGCAGUGAAAACAGUAAGUGGAGCCUUUUAGAGUGAUAGACAGUGGGAAGAGGCGAAGAAGAGAAUGGAUGGUGACAACUAACAUCAAGUACCACCAAGAGUUACAGGGGAAAUUCAAGAAGUAGUGUAUUUUAGACGGACAGCUCAUGUGGAGAAUUUUGGGGACAAACUUGGGGAGGUGAGAUAGACGAAGAGGAGAGUUGGUGCACAUGUAGGAUAAGGAAUGUUGGAGCUGGAGAUACCUGGGGAAAAUGUUCUUGUAUGUGGCCAAGGAGGACAUGAAAAGAAAAUGUGCGACUGGCGGUGACUGGACAAUCUAGACAGAUGAAGGUGUUGCUGACUUGCAUACGCAAUCCCUGAUGGGAAAUGACCAAGGAAGAGGAAGCCUUUGCUAAACCGUGUGGGAACAGUCCAAUACUUACGUUAUUAGUUGGAGAGAGGUUGAAGAUUAUUUCAGAAUACAGACUUCUCGUUUUCAUCUUCCCAAGUUUCUGUAGGUGAACUGCUUUGUUGGUAGCAACCAACACCUGAAAAGGCCCAACAAGCUAAAACAGACAUUAACAACGGAGCGUCAUCAGUUUUGUUGAACGACAACAGCAUGUAUAAUUUAAUUUAAUCGUCAGAAUAUUUGGACUCACCAUGGUUGGGUUGAGCAAAGCUGCACUUAUCUUGCCAUCGACAGCACCUUGUCGCAAUUCUGCACUAUUC